AUGGUCAACACUACGGACUUCCUGAAUAUGCCUCUCACGAUCAAUGGAACCAUCCACUCGCCCCUACAACACCACUACCUGGACCAAGCAGAACGUGUUCUUGAUCCCGGUGCGACUGCCUGUCUAAGCUCUCUCCUAACAGCAUUUGGGCUAGGAGAUGGUCAUGGAAGAAAUGUGCUAGUCACUGAAGAUUACAUUUCCCCGGGGAUGAUGCACCUCGAUUAUGAAGUAUACGGUUCCCACUGUCCGCUUUUGGACAUGGCUAAAUCUAUCUACAACGACGGCUUUUUCAACGUCUUGUACUCAGACUUGCUUUGCGAUGAUCUCACCGAAAGUUCAAACAAGUCUGGUACUGUGGUUUCUUGGGACUUCAAUACUCAAGGUCUGAGCAUUGACUACAAAGUCAGCGUCGACUCAAUCGGCAAGGCCACAGCAAAUAUCAAAUUUGAGUAUCUGCUGCAGCCACUUUUCAACCUGGUACAAAGACACCCCAAGAAGGCAAGUGUCGCCCAAGACAUCCUCAGCAACUCACUCUUUACCUGCGCUUUGCUGAGCAGAAAAUUUGCAAAGCGUCCAGACGUGUUCUUCAUCAAGCUGGCGCUAGGGGUUCGGCUCCGCAUCGUGGGUCUAGACCUUGAGAAACGUGUCUCCUUCGAGUAUCUAUGGAUAUUGACCACUAAAAAUGUAUCCGACGGAGCAGGUUUCUUGGACCUAGGCCAUUAUCUUUACAACGAAGACAAGGCAUCCAGUGGCCAUCACUUUUUCCUAGCAAAUAUGCUCGAUCCUAGUUUCAAGGACAAAGCUCGCAAUCUCCAACAUCGCUUUCAUUUUGUCCAUACCGCAAAUGUGAUUCAUCUAUUCAAUGUGGAGGAUCAGAAGAUCUUCUUCCAGAAUUUGGUAUAUUUGGCGGCACCAGGAGGUACUAUUUGGGGCCGCCAAGUUGGCUUGGCAGAAGACAACAACCAAUCGUUGUACAAGCAACCAGCGGGGAAAGGUGCUCGCUUCACUAUAAUAGGGUUCCGCAACUUUCUCCUGGAAGCCACUGGUUGGACAUUAGCAGACAUGCAAUUCGAAGCUCAACUUGUGGAGUAUCACGAGCUACGAGUAAAACGGAUGGACAAGAACUGGGUAUUGCAGUGGAGCAUUCUGUUACGAUCCAUGAACAACUCGCAAAACAACACUGAACAAACAGGACUAUGCAACGAGACGAGAGCAGCCAAGGAACUGCAGUAUCAAUUGACCGAGCUGUGA